UUGGCCCAAGGAACACUUUCCGAAACUGUCUGGCUUAAUUGAAAAAAAAAUCGAAAUCAAAAUGCGUGACUAUAUUCGGAACUUUGUUCGUUCGCAUCACUGCCUCUGUAUUUUCGCGGUGCUCCAACUGACUUUGAUGCUGUCGAUGCUGGAGGUACGAAUCCAAAUUGACCAAUCGCCGGAGCUUCAGCGACCCCUGACCCGUGUUUAUGUAGUGGGCCAGCCAAGAGAGCUCGCCUGCAGUCCUUUCCUUUCGGGUUUCGCCAUGGGUGCCAUGUUUUACGGAUACGGUCUAAUAUACCUGCCCACCAAGGGACCCCUCGGGGGACUCCUCACCACUAUUCGCAUGACUGGCCUGUCCGUGUGGCAGCAGUGCAGUCCCGUGAUGCUCCUGCCCUGGAGCAUGAGGGUCGCCCAGGGUCUCAGCAUGUUCCCCCACCACGUUUGGGAGUGCCUGGCCAAGGAGCCCUGCCUCGAGGCUGAUAAUUUUCUAUUGAUCGUCAUCCUUGCUACUGCGGCUUGGAUCUACCUGCUGAUCUUGGCCAUCACCAGCUUCGUGGUCGCCUUGAGACUCAAUCUUCGUAUGCUGGGUGCCAGACACAUUGGUGGCGGAGAUCACGAGCUGCGGGCCUACGCCCGGGAAAUCAACGAGCUACUCGGCUUUGAAAUGAUAGUUUUGUCGACUUAAAGUGGAAAUAAGUAUUUAAAUUAAAGUGAAAGUUUAAACUUUCUAAAAAUUAA